AGAAACAUGUUGAAAUUUGUGGUACUUCUGUCGCUGGCUGCCUGCGUUUUGGGUGGCACCAUCCCUGAGGGUCUCUUGCCCCAAUUGGAUGGCCGUAUUGUUGGUGGCUAUGAGACCAGCAUUGAGGAUCAUCCCUACCAAGUUUCGCUGCAACGCAGUGGCUCCCACUUCUGUGGUGGUUCCAUCUACAACCACGACAUUGUCGUCACCGCCGCCCAUUGCCUGCAAUCGAUUGAGGCUCAUGAGUUGAAAGUGCGUGUCGGCUCCACUUACUGGCGUUCCGGUGGCAGUGUACACUCGGUGAAGUCGUUCCGCAAUCACGAGGGCUACAAUUCCCGUACCAUGGUCAACGAUAUUGCCAUCAUUCGCAUUGAAUCCGAUUUGAGCUUCCGUUCGAGCAUCAAGGCUAUUGCCAUGGCUGAUUCGAAUCCCCGUAAUGGCGCCACCGCUGUUGUCUCUGGAUGGGGUACCACCGAAUCGGGUGGCAGUACUAUUCCCGAUCAUCUGUUGGCUGUCGAUCUGAAGAUUGUCGACCGUGAGGAAUGCGCCUCGGGCAAGUUUAGCUAUGGUCGCAAGAUCAAGGACACCAUGAUCUGUGCCUAUGCCGAACACAAGGAUGCCUGCCAGGGUGAUUCCGGUGGCCCAUUGGUCUCCGGUAGCCGUCUUGUGGGUGUUGUCUCCUGGGGCUAUGGAUGCGGUGAUGUUAGGUACCCAGGUGUCUAUGCCGAUGUUGCCCAUUUCCAUGAGUGGAUCGAGAAGACCGCCGACGAGUUGUAAACUCUAGCUAGGCCCUUGAAAAUUUCUACGAAAUAAAUUGCAUUAAUCACA